AUGACUGUCGGAGACCAGAAGCCCAACCUUGAGAAUUAUCAGGCCAAGGUAGGCGGAAGAGGCCUUGGGUCGAAGGCGACCUCUGUUGCCCCACGUGCUAGUCCACAAGGUGUGGUAAGCUACAGCCUUCCUCGAGGGAGCAGCAAGGAGUUGUCCGAUGUGUCAUACGACGGAGAAGAGGAAGAGGAGCUCCUCGUGAAAGGUUUAGGGAGGUUAGUCGAUGGGAUCUAUGGAGGAGACAACUUCAAAAUGGAUAUUGGCCUUGGUCAUGAAUCAUUAGAUGGUGAGUUAGGAUCAAAAUCAAAUAUUUAUGAUUUUCGCCUUCGUAUGCUUUCCUCUCUCUUGAUCCCUGACGCACCCCCUAUGCGGGUAAUGUUUGAGUUAUGGCACGGCGACGUACCCCAGGACUUUUACAGGAAAAAACAAUCCCCCAGCGGAAACGUACCGCGUAGUGUAAGAAUUAUAGCCAUUACCGCCGCGUAUGGUUUCGGUUUAAAAAAACAAAGAAAAAAGGACAUAUAUAUUUUAGCUUACUAG